UGAAUGCAUAUUACGAUUGAUGAACAAAGCAAGAUGAUGCCUUCAUUAAUUGCAGUUAAAAAUACGAAUAUGCUAUAAUAUAUUAUUGCUACCAUGCGAGUAUUCUCUCGGGUUUUCACAUUGAAUGAAAAGCAGUAAGUGGUAAAACCACUUACCAAAUGCCAUCCAUUGCUAUUCCAAAUGCUAUCGUUCUCAUUUUGUGAUCUAGAUGAUGGAGUUGUAUCAUAAUAUCAAUAUAGUUGCAAACUCAACGAGGGGAAAUCGUCAUAAACUGUUUGUGAUAAUAUCCCUUACUUAUCAUUACAUGCUCAACCAGGAGUCCUGGUUUCAAAUAAACUAUUUUCUAGCUGAUGAUUUUUCAUUCAAUUAGUUACUUCCGGAAAUUUAUAUUCAGUAUUAUUCAAUAAAAAAUGAUAAUUAUUAUUAUAAUAGCUUCAUUGUUUGCUAGAAAUCCAUAUAGUGAAGUUAUCACUAUAUAGCCUAUCUGAUUAUCAGAUUAAUCUUCAGCACGAAACUUCAGUACGUAGGUUUAGAUUGAUAAUGCUUUUUAUAGUACUUCUACGUAAUAUUAUGAGAGUGAGAAUUUUAUUUUAGGUAUUUUUUUACGUUUCUAAUUCGUGUGUUGAUUGUAAACGCACUUCCAAGAAGAGGGAGAGUAUAAUUUUAAGGCAUUUGUUUACGUAUUUGAAGCUAUUGGGUGGUGAUGUUCAAUUGACGCUACCUUCAACACAUUGUACGUUCAUAUUAUUUUAAAUGCAAUGGUCCCUUGGGAUUUGAUAUCGCUGAAUAUGUGGGAGUUGCAGAAAUCAGUUUAAUAUCGUCAAUUGAUAUCGAGUAUCCUCUUACGUGAAGAGCUGACGUAGACAUAUUUACCUGAAUGAUAGAUUAGGGUGGAGAAUUAUCACUGUUACUACCCACUGAUUGCAGAACUCCUACAAUGAUUAAUUUGUUUGAAAUAUAAUUAAUAUGCAUGAAACCGUGGAUAAACGUUCUCGAAUUUUCAUAUUUAAAUGGAAACGACCGCGAGUAGUCCACCAGUCUAUCACCUCGCCGUUAACCCUACGAUACUCCGCUAAUUUCGAACAAGUUCACAAUGCUCAACUCUGCCAGUUCUGUAAUUUUUCUGUUGGUUGUUGGGCCAGUGGCUGUACUUAGCCUCCCGAACGGAAUCUUCUCAAGCAUUUCUGCGUCAACCGCUCCUCCAAGAUAUCACAUGAAAGAUCUUAGCGGCAACAAUACCAACUGCCCCUUUACCGUAAACAUAACAAAAACUGGAGGCGAACCACAGUUUAUAACUGAAUACAGAUGUAAAACUCCAUCUACCAGCAGUGAUUCUGGAUUCAGUGAAAAGGGACAAUGUGUCCAAGGCACCGUCAAAAUCAUGGUCAAGAUGCCAAAUAUCCCCGAACCUCAACCAAUGAAUUUUAGCUCUGGAUGCUUCUUCUACAUCAAAAAAGGAACUGUGCCAAACUCUGCAACCAGGCCUUUACAGAAAAAGUUGAAAUUCCCAAAUUAAUAGUUCUCUGUGAUAACAGGACAGAUUUCAAAUUAUGGAAGAGGACAUUUUUGAAGGUCGGUCAUCCAUAAAGAUAGUAUAGGAUACUACUUACUAGCCUUGGGUCUUCCUAUUUUUAGCUUAGGCUAUUUAUUUUUAUCUCAAUUCGAAAGUUCAAAUCUACGAUUUGACGAUUCAAAUUGACAAUUGAAUUGACGAUUUUCUGCCAUAAUAACUCAGAUUGCAGAUUGAGAAACAACUCUAAGAGAUGAAAAUUUUGUAGAGCGAUCAUUCUUGGGAACAUUUUGAACAUUAUGUUGCGCAUAUCUGCUCUCAAUCGAUACAAAAUAUAAAAAUAAAUUUAAUAUAAAAAUUUUCAUAAUUUGAAUAAUCAAGCAACAAUUUCCAUAAAAACUAUUGUAAUAACUACUAGUAACAACUUCUAGUUGUUGUAUUACUAUUACUAGUUACUGAUUUUGAUAAAGCAUUGCAGCUCUCCAACUGUUUUUUUUCUAUAUAUUAAUAUUCCAAUGUAUAGAGCAAGUCUUCCAAUAUUUCGAAGAGUUCUAAACAUGUUUUUUUUUAGAUCGAAAAUUAAUAUUACCUACUUAGCCCAGAACAUUUUCGAUAUAUAUAAGACUGUUCAAAUCAUCUCUAAUAGAGCUAUGUGAAUGGACACUUGCCUAAUUGAUUAUCUAGAAUGACAGACCUUCAACAAUUUCUGUUUUCAACUAUAUUCGAAAACCAGAACAACUGUCUAUCUUCAUAUCUAGAAUCUGUUCUUGAUAAGGUUAUGAUUUCCAAAGAUUUAUUAAGUUAUCCAUUUAGGAUAUUAGGUUUUGUAUGAAGUUAUAUUCCAGUUUCUACAUGAACGAUUCUUGAGAACUCUCUUAUUUGAGCAUGAUUCGGAUUUCAAGUAGCUAGAAACGUAAUGAUUGGCUCCUGUGAUUUUUGUUUCUAGCAACCAAAGCGUGUAGGGUUAAGAAAUCUUGAGAUCGUUUAGAAAUGCUGAGUUCCUGAGUUCAUGAAACUUCCAACGGCGAUCUUUAUAGAGUAGCCUAGAUGUGUUUUGACUGUGUCGGGUUCGAUUCUCGAUUCAGUCCGGCAAUUUUGUAUCAUCUUUUACGUAAUCAUCCACUCAGAAACUCGCAUUAUUUUGAGAACCCUUGGAAA